AUGACAGAAACAGAGGAAGCACCCGUCCUCUCCUUCAAAGAGCGACUCGCCAAAUUCAACCAGCCUUCAGAACCCCUGGCCCCUAGUCCCCGUCCACAGCCAGCCUCGCGCCCACCACCAGUGCACAGCAAGACGAAAGCAAAGCCUCCGCCCCCGCCAUUGCCAUCGCGGAGGCCGUCCACUCAACAGCUUCAACCUCAAGACCCAGCGCCCCCUGGUCUACCGCGCAGACCGUCAUCAUUACAACGGGGAGUUUCUCGAGAUUCAGUUACCUCCAAUGCGUCAUCUCUGUCUGCCGUUUCGGCGAGAACGGCUCCCCCUUUGCCCACAAGACGGGGGACGAGUCCUAGGCCACCGCCGCCACCUCCGCGGCCAGUGUCUCAGUCGAACGGGACUACGAAUGAAAACGAGGGUCAAAAACCACAAUUACCCCACCGACCAGCAUCGAAUGCCAGUACCUUGAGUAAUGGUAGUCGUUCUCCAGCUCCCGCGCUGCCUCCUCGACUUCCUCCACGGACACCUACGAGAGAACAGGAGACGGCGGCGCAACAGCAGAAUAGCAAUAGAGAGGCUAGACCUGCGUCGAGAAGACUUCCGCCUCCGCCUCGACCGGUUGAUCCCCGUCUGCUUGGAUUCGGGGGGUCGAAGAAGAGUAAUGGUGAAGAUCAUCCUUCUCCAAACGGGGUUCCACCACCGGUGCCACGGGAUUCUCGUCCUGAUCUCUCCAAGAUCGAAGCGUCGAAACCUCGUAUAAAUGCUUCACCUUCAGCACCAGUGACUCAGACUACGACCUGCUUGAAAUGCCGUGACUUCUCCGCUCCGGACGAGCAUGCGGCGCAAUUUCCACGUCAAUCACUGCCAACGCAGGACCUUUCCUGGCUGGCGAAUGCCCUGACCGCACCAUUUCCAUCGCCAACGGAUAAAGCCCGGGCAAUCUUUACUUGGCUGCAUCACAAUGUCGAGUACGAUGUCCACGCACUUUAUAACAACUGCGUGAAACCGUCCACGCCACAAAGCACCCUGGCCACGGGCCUAGCUGUCUGCGAAGGCUACGCCGGCCUCUUCGCAGCUCUCGCAACCCACGCUGGCCUCGAGGUCAUUGUCGUCGGCGGCCAUGGCAAGGGAACUGGCUACGCUGACCCAGCCCCAGGCUCUGCCCUCCCACCCUACAACCCGGGAGGCCACGCCUGGAACGCCGUCCGCAUCGACAACGGACACUGGAAACUCAUUGAUGCCUGCUGGGGCGCCGGCGCCGUCAACGGCGGCGGCCAACCCUACAUCAAGGUCUUCUCGCCGUCACACUUUACCAAAACAAACGACGAAUUCGGCCAAUCCCACUACCCAAGCAACCGCGACCACUUCUUCCGCGACGACGGCCGCCCCUCCAUCUCCUGGGAAGAAUACCUCCUCCACGUCCCCAAACACCCCGUCAUCUUCACAGACGCCCACAAACACAACCUAGACCCCUCCUCUUUCUACCCAGCAACCAACCAGAUCUCCAUCAACAACACCCCCGGCCCGCUCCGCGUCCAAUUUAACCUCAUCUGCCCACACUGGACCUUCGAGCACCACUCCAAGGCACUACCAGGCCUCUUCCUCCUCCAAACCCACGGCAUCGACGGCCGCAAAGAAGAGCGUCUUCCAUUCAACCACGUACGCGGCUCAACGCCUGGUGGCGGCGGAGACGUCUGGUACGUCGAUAUCCCCGAUGCACGGAUGUUAGGGGCGCCUGGGCAGAAGUUGCAGAUUGCUGUGUUGACGAGUUUUGGGGAUCGGACGGAUGCGCGGGGUGUCACGGCGGAGGAAUUCAGGGCUUUGAAUGGGAGAGUUGGGAUGGCGUGGGCGUAUGUUUGUCAGUGGGAUUUGGUGUGA